AUGGGUGAGUCUCAGCAAAUCGUUACACCUCAAACGCUUGGCAAUUAUAUAUUUAAAGGAUCGGUUGGAGAAGGUGCAUUUUCAAUUGUAAAACUCGUUUUGAAUCAAAAAACAAAACAAUAUUACGCAUGUAAGGUUGUACCAAGAGAUAGACUUCUAGCUUCGAGUUUAGAAGAACGCUUUGAAGUAGAAAUAAGAAUCGAUCAACAAUUACAUCAUCCAGGCAUUGUUCAAAUUGUCGAUUUAUUAAAAGAUAAAAAUAAUUACUACGUUGUAAUGGAAUUCUGCCCCAACGGAGACCUAUUUCAAUUUAUAGUUGAUAAUGGGCGUCUUACAGAAGAUGUUGGCGCUUUUUAUAUGCAACAAAUACUCGAAGCACUGAAAUACGUUCAUUCGCUCGGAAUAGCGCAUCGCGAUCUCAAGCCAGAAAACCUGUUGCUAGACGCCAACAACAAUCUUAAAAUUAGCGAUUUUGGCCUUUCAAGAUACGUCGAUACAAAUGGACUUGUAAAUACUCCAUGUGGCAGCCCGUGCUAUGCAUCUCCCGAAUGCUUAUCGGGAUCUGCUUAUGAGGGCUGUUCCAGCGAUGUCUGGAGCUGCGGAGUUAUUCUUUAUGCAGCAUUGACAGGACAACUACCAUGGACAAAAAGAAACCAGCAACAAUUAUUCGAACAGAUAAAGAGAGGCGAAUAUACUAUACCGAAUAUGUUAUCAGACGAAUGCAGAGAUUUUAUUAGCAGAUUAAUGACAGUAUCUACAAGCAAGAGAAUGACAAUAGACGAAGCAUUGAAGCAUCCAUGGAUGGUGAAGAACGCACAUGGUGCGGUUCGAGUAGAUUUAGGAGAGCAACCGAAAUUAGUUUCAAUCAAAAAAGUUGAUAAAUUUUUCGGAGUUGAUAAUGAUGAAGAUGACGAUGAUAUUACUACAGCUAACGAUAUAUCCCCAAGAACGGCACGCCAGUAUUCUUUCCAAGAAGCAUCGCGAGUUCUCUCACUUCCUGAAGGUAAAGCUCAGGCAGUGCUCAAGAUGAAACAGAGAGCUUCUGGAAUGCCAGUUAAGCCUAAGAUUGCUAAGCCAAAACCGUUGGCUUCAAGCUCAAAUAUUGCGGGUUUAAUAGGUUCGAAGAUGAGUCGACGACCUGAGGUGAAAUCGAAAAAAUAUAAUGUUGUAAAUAAAAUGUAG